AUGCCGACAGCUGGAGCUGCUUCUGGGGCUGCUAUGUUGAUAUGGCCAAACCUGACGAUCUCUACUUACUUCUUAUGGAAGGCUUUUGAGGUGAGUCUGUAUAGUUCUAACUUUAGCGUGGUCGUAGCCAUAGCCAUAUUUACGAUAAUCUAACUUUAAACGUAUGUCAAUCUUAUGUUGAGUAAAUACAACAGGGAUAAUGCAAACGUACUUUACAAAAAAAAUUUUUUUAGGUAAUAUAUCACAGAGCAGCGGACAAAGGAUAUGUGCCUAGAUUUAAAAAUGGAGAUAUCUUGUUAUAUUCGAUUGUUACUGGCUACAUUGUUGGUAACUGUAUAGUCGAACCACAUGCUUUAAGGCCGAGCUAUUACUUCAAAUUUAUUCGAGGAUUGUCCAACAAUUAGUGAGUUAUAUUUUGAUAUUUUAUUCCUUUUUCUUCCGGCUCGAGCUCCGGCUUCGCUUUUUUAAUUUUAACUUUGGCUUUAGUUCCAAUGCCUUGCCGGAGCCGUCUUGAAACCAGAGUGGGGCUGGAGCACUGCUAAAGCUAAGGCCGGAAUCAGAGCUGAACCAAAGUUAAGCUGAAUCUGAGCCGAAGCUGUGACCUGCUUGAGGUGGAGCCGUUUCGAAGCUACAGCUAAAGCAACGGCUGUGCUGGAGCUAUUCCAGAGACGAAGCAGUGCCGGAACUGUGCUGAAGCUGGAGCUGAACCGUACCGGAGCUAGCAAAUUUAAAAUUUUUAAAUAAAAACUUUUUAGUUUCGAUUACGUUGAUCGAAGUCUACUACAACCGUUUGGCUUUGAUUCGGAUCGUCUGUAUCGUGAAGGUAAAAUCAUUGUCAAAGAUUUUAGCCAACUCAGCGGAAGCUCAAUGUAA